AUGAACCCCCAGAUGCGAAGCCUGCGCACAAUGCAUCAACCCCGGACAGGAAGCUUGAGGAAUUCCAAUCCAGGUACCCAGAGUACUAUACAAGCAAAUCAGAAUCUCCAACCACCUUCACCGAAACUUCUCGCUCGGGCAUCAACGACCUUCUAUGCGCACAUCAUUACAGACUGGUGGUGGUGGGAGCUUGUAAGCUGGUUCGUGAGCUUCUCUUGCUUCAUGGCCAUUGUCGGCAUCUUGUGGUUCUAUGAUGGCAAAAAGCAACCAAGUCAUGUAGUCAAAGGGAUCACUCUCAACGCCUUCAUCGCAGUAUUUUCGGCAAUCGCGAGGGCUGCUAUGAUUCUUCCCGUGUCUGAAUCCAUUGGUCAGCUCAAGUGGAUAUGGUUCAAGGAAGAACGAAAGCUCGCAGAUUUUCUCGCGUUCGACAAUGCGAGUCGUGGGCCUUGGGGCUCUCUGAUAUUGCUAGGCACGACGAUGUGCAGACGAUUGGUUUCUGUUGGGGCAGCGAUCACCGUGCUGGCACUAGCAUUCGAACCAUUCUUCCAGCAGAGUGUCUCUUUUCCAAGCCGGAACGUGGUCACGGGAAAUGCCACAUUGUCCGUCGCAACUUCAUAUCGACGAAUAGAUGAUAUAGUAUACCCAGUGCAUGUUGAAUUCCAGUGGCUGGGUAUCAACACCGGGGCUGCUUCUCGCAGCGCUGCCCUGGACAUCAUGAACGCGCUGUCAGCUAGAAACGACCCUGUCCGACCUGCACCUUCAUUUUGCCCUACCGGCCAGUGCACAUGGACGAAGUAUUCUUCGUUGGGUGUGUGUCACAGAUGUCAAGACGUGUCUCGCUUACUCGUGCCCGUCUGUUCAAAGGACCAACUAGCAUCCCCGGCUGGAGGUAUUACAAAAAUCAAUCACUGUGGUCAUCACAUGAAUGGAACUUUCGUUACUGGCACAAAAGGUGGUGAAUUCAGUAAUUACAAGCAGGUCAUUGGCCUGUCAACUCUGCUAGUUGGUGACCGACCUUCGACAAUGUCCGGCGUCUCGUACUACAAUUCUACAGUCUUUCAAAGAACUGCUAACGCUCUUCUCAACUUCUACGUAGCCUAUACGCCUGAUGGAGAUUCGGGGAUCUUCCGUAACGCAACCCCUGUUAUGUCGGAAUGCAUCUUUCACUGGUGUGUGAAAACGUUCCAAGGGGUGUACCGGGAGGGUCGCCUUGAAGAGGAUGUUCUUUCGACUUAUUCGCCCCCCGACCUUCCGACAGCACCGACAGAGCCUAGAACUGCGAUACUUGGUACAGACUCAAACGAUGCGUUUGUCAUGCUUGCCAAUGGGGAAACGUUCAACAUCGCCGCAAAUACUACAAGAUCCUUGAGCAACUCCCUCAGGGCGAAUUUGCCCACGUACCUGUCCAACAGUAGCCUUGAUACCGGCGGGCAGUACCCUGGAAGAUGGAAUUUUGUACAAAACGCUCCGUACGAUGUCAAUGCAGCAUUGGGAUCCAUGGCCGAGGCAUUGACGAACAACAUGCGCACGAGUGCCACGAACAACGGCACCGAACUUACUUUCGGCGAAGCAUGGGGUGCAGAGAACUUCGUCGAGACACAGUGGCCAUGGCUAUUAUUACCGGGUGCUUUGCUCUUCUGUUCGCUAAUCCUGAUCACCUCGACAAUUAUCAAGAGUCGACAAGAAGCAGUACCAACAUGGAAAUCAUCCGCUCUCGCGACGUUGCUGCAUGGUUUAACAGAGGAGUCACGCGCGUGUGUUGCAGCGGGUGCUUCGCAAAGUGAAGUGGAGGCCGUAUCCCAGAACUUGAAAGUCAAACUGUUGCUCGGAAUGGCAGGCCAGAGAUUGAGGCCAGUGAGUGUAGCAGCCGGGGUUCCUUGA